AUCUCAUUCUCUCAUCUUUGGAUCUUCUGGCUUUUGAUUUUCUCUCUCUACUUUCAUCUUCUUCUUCUCUCUUUGACUGAGCUUUAAAGGGACAGAGUGGGAAUGAGUACUAUGCCAUUUCUUUUGUCGGGGACCAAUAUGCGCGGGAUUCAUUCUUAGUUGAGCUUUUACAACUCAAAAAUGGCCGACUCCUCUUAGCUUUCUUACAUUCACUUCCGAACUCUCCGACGGUUAUCGUCUCUACUCUCAAGUUUUGCAUUUAGAAAUGAAACCUGGGACGAACAAGGGAUGGUCUUCUGUCAAGUCUCUUGUCACGUAUGGAAAAUCAACAACAACACGGUUUUGCAUGUUUCCGAAAGUGAAAUCAAUGGAUUCUGAUCAACAUGGCACGCCUGUAUAUCUCAACGUUUAUGACUUGACGCCUGCCAAUGGAUAUUUUUAUUGGGCUGGCCUUGGUGUCUUCCACACUGGUGUGGAAGUUUAUGGAGUAGAGUAUGCAUUUGGAGCGCAUGAUUAUCCAACUAGCGGAGUUUUUGAGAUUGAACCAAAACAAUGCCCGGGUUUUAAAUUCAGGAAGUCUAUAUGCAUGGGAACAACAUACUUGGAUCCUUUCCAAGUCAGAGAAUUCAUGGAGCGUCAGUCUUCCAGUUACAGUGGCGACUCCUACCAUUUGGUCACCAAGAACUGCAACCAUUUCUGCGAGGAUUUGUGUCAAAAGCUGACUGGAAAAAGAAUACCAAAAUGGGUUAAUCGACUUGCAAGAAUAGGUUCGUGCUGCAACUGCAUACUGCCAGGGUCUCUUAAAACUUCAAGCAGUAAUAGAGAUGAUCAAACCUCGGAAGGCUACGAGAUUAAUGAAAAGAAGAGAUUAAGAAACUCCUUUAGUUUCUUAUCAUCGAUUUCAAUGCAUCAAAGAGAGAAGGAAGUAUCAAUAUCUUCAUUGUUUCUACAUUCCCAUUACAAAGGUUGCCUUCCUCCAUGGGAGCAGCUCAAAGGUGGUGGUGGUGGUUCCAGAAGCAAUUCCCUUAAGGAGUCUUGACAAAGGAAUCAUUCAACAACAACAACAAAAACUCAUUCAUAUUCCAGGUGAGCGAAUUUCAAUGUAACGUUGAUAUAUCCCUUUCAAACCCCCCUCUCCAGUUUCUUGUUGCUCUCGAUUGAUCGACAUUUGUUUUUGUUUUUUUUACCCUUUAAUGUUCUUCAUGUGAAAAAAAAGGCAUUUCAUUUGUAUGUACAAUUGUUGUGUUUUGAUGCUUUAGAGAAAACUGCUUAAUUAGAUAUAA